AUUGUAAGGGCACAUUGCUGCCUUGAAUGGUUACAUACUACUACAUACUACUUACAAGUUUUUAAUACACUAUUUAGAAAAAGGCCACAUUAUCACAGUACUAGCAAGCCCUUAGUCUACCAAAGUCUAGAAAGAGGAUCAAGGAUGAAUCAUCUGUCAGAGAGAGUUUCAGGGAGAUAAUGCAACGCUGAGCCAUGCUAAGUGGGGCUAACAAUUUUAGUUUGUUCCCAGAUUAACAGCAAAUAUAAUGAUUCAUACAUUCAUAUACACAUUACAAAGAUUGAUUAGGUAACAGUGAAGUCAACAAUUGAUAAAAGCAUAUCCACUGAAACUUUCAAUCUUCAAAUGGUGGAUUCACACCACCAACAUUGUUACAUGGGAUUUUAUAUUCCUGCUGUAAAAUCUGCAAGCAGGCAGCUUUAACAAAACCAGAGAUGGGCAGAGAGUCGCUGACUUUUAAGUAGAUAAAAGGAUCUCUGUUGACAGUGCUGACUUGAUCUGUCGGGUUAAACAGAUUACAUUAGAUUGCCAAACAAAGCCUUUAAGUGUGAAAGUGCAUAUUCGAGAUCGUUUGAUCAGUGAAUGCCCACGGUAGCAUGAUAAGAAUGAGUCAAACAUUGUAUCAGUAAAACAGCCUCAUAAAGAGCACAUCUUUGUUUACCUGUGCUCAGAACAUAAUGAUCAUGCAGAUACUUCUAAGAACCCAGACAAUGGGAAGAAAUAACUUAAUGUCUUUGAAUCCAAUCACAGUUAACUGCGGGCGUUUUAAAAUAAUUGCAUAACUUGAUUUGAUGUUAAUCAAUUAUGCUUUCAAUCUUGCAAUUUGAAGAACGGGAACUCUUUACUGUGUAUGUAAUGAGUGUGGGAUUUCUUUCUGUCUCUCCCCUGUGACCGGUUUGUGGUAUAACCCAUCCCAAGGGCAGCUUUAAUGAAUGACAACACUGGAUUUCUCCCAAGGGAGAGUGGAAAUAGUGCAGGCUUCUGGGAGUCUAUUAUUAAUUUGUAGAAAGCAGUGUAAGAAAAAAGCUUAUACUCAUUCUGCUUAACAACUACUUCUACUCCAUCUAGUUAUACCAGUAAACAGUCUAUUUAAUUAAUUCUGCUGGAUACUUGUGUUUUUUUAACUUAAUCUGACCUAGGUUUUUUGUCGUUCCCGCAGUCCUCCAUGUCUGACGCUCAUUUCCUCUCUUAAUAAAAGGCUUCCGGCAGGUUGGCUGCCUGUACAGUAAGGACCUUGUUUGUCACCCGUGUCUUUGACACUGUACCCACUUGGUUAAUUCCUAUUGUCCAGUCAAGCCUCAUUAAUCUGGAUAACUGAUAUGAAUAAAGGGGGACUCUGAGCCUCCCUCUUCUCCCUCCCAACACUGUCUAUCCCCCGGAAUGGAAGUGACCUCCUUGUCUGAACAGGAAUCAGGCCAUGGUGACACAGCAGGACGACGCCAAUUUUGGUAGCGACCUAAGCACCAGUUCAUACACACACGAAACCCACAAGCAGCACCCAUUUGAGUUGCAACUACUGAUGAUUUUUUUUCUGUCUUGAUACAUGCCCUGAUUAUUUUCUUAACUAUUUGAUUUAUUGUGUGGUCUUUAAAGCAUUAGAAUAUGGGAGAAAAUCCCAUUAUAAUGGCCCAAAGUGAUGACAUCACAUAUCUUGUUUUGUAGGAUCAACACCCCCCCCCCCCACACACACACACACACACACACACACACACACACACACACACACACACACACACACACACACACACACACACACACACACACACACACACACACACACACACACACACACACACACACACACACACACACACACACACACACACAAAAGGAGAAGGAAUAAGUGAAAUUCAGCAUCAUUCCUUCAAAACAUUUCUUGAACAAUGUACUAAAUUCUCACGAUACUGUCUGUUUUCUCAUUUGAGGCAUUAUAGCUCUUCAAUUACCCUACACUGUGGCCAUCUUAUUUUCCUUUGUAUAGUAGGAGAACUCACAAAAACAUCCAACAUGUUCCUCUUACCAGCAUUUGUGGACAAAAAAAAAGAAGUUUAAAUAACAAAGAGGUCAGGGCAGGACAGCUUUGUUAGUAGUGGGUUGUAAGAAAAUGAGGAUUGGAAAGGGCGGGGGAGUUUCACUCCAUGAGGGCCAAUCUGUUCCUCAACACAAGCUGUGGGGAUGGAAAUGGACGAAAGCCAAAAGUAUCCAAAUGACCAAUCAUCCACCUUAUUAAUCUUGAGCUCUGUCAAACUCACUUAAAUUUGCUCAUGAACGCAAGUGGAUUUGCAUCUGUAAUAACACUUUAUUUUGUGCCCCAACCCUUCUCUCUUCUCUACUGUACACCUCCCCUUCCUAUGCAAAUGUAAUCACCGCCCCCUAUAAAAACACCUAUUCUGCCAUCCUCCCAACCAGGGGUCUACAUUCACUGAAGGGACACACUCCAGGAUUAGUUCUCUUCAUCUACUGUGGCAGGAUGACUGUAGUGCGCUGCCCUCAUUUUAUCCUUGGAAAGUUCUUAAAUACAGCCCCCCUACUCUUUCUCCUUUUGCUUGUUGGGCCUAGCAGCACAUUAGCGCUUGGUCCUGGCAGAGUAAGAGCAGGGCAAGGGGGGCGUCCGAGGGCUGAGGGUAGGGUGAGAUCUGGAGUAAAAGACAAUGGCAGGUCCCGGGCAAGUGUUGAUGGCUACACCGACAUGAAAAUUGGGGAUACACAUGAUUCUAAGGCAGGAGCGGCACCAGUAGAGGAUGAUGACGCAUGGGGGGACCCUGGUACUACCACAGGCUUCAGGUCCAUGCUUGCUAUAGGAGAAGGUGGACUGUGGGAGCCUCGCAGUUCCUCCCGCUGUGUACCUAUCCCCCCGGGAAUGGCUUUGUGCCAAAACAUCGGUUAUGAUACCAUGAGGAUGCCCAACUUGCUGGGCCAUGAGUCUCCUGCUGAAGCCGUGCAGCAGAGUGCCAGCUGGUUGCCUCUACUUGCAAGAGAGUGUCACCCUGACGCCCGCAUCUUUCUCUGUUCUCUCUUUGCACCAAUUUGCCUUGACAGGUUUAUAUCCCCCUGUAAAAGUUUGUGUGAAUCCGUACGGGACAGCUGUGCACCUAUCAUGAGCUGUUACGGCUACCCCUGGCCAGAAAUUCUGCGCUGUGACCAGUAUCCUGCAGACCAUCUCUUGUGUAUCUCCUCUAUCACUAACAGCACAGCUCAGACAGUGGGCCGUAUAGUGCCUCAAGCAAGCUGUCGUGAUUGUGAGCUGCAGGACGCCUCCUCUUCAAAAGAUACACUGGAGACCUUUUGUAGGAGUGACUUUGUUGUGAAACUGCGUCUCACACGCCUCAAGUACAGUCCAGUAAGUCUGUCUCAGUUCUCGCUGGCUGCCAAACUGGAUGUUUUGAAGCACGGACCACUGUUAGGUGGGCAGAUCCGUUCCCGCAUUGAGCUGUGGCUAGAGAGGGACGCCACCUGCGUCAGAAACAUGACAAGGCACAACCCACGAGGCGGGACUUUCCUUGUGACAGGCUUGGUGCAGGGGGAGCGCCUGGUGGUGAAUAAAGUGUACGCAUGGCAUAGACGAGACAAGAACCUGAUGGCAGCUGCACGCAAAUGGAAACAUUACAGAUGCAGGAACUAGGCUCAUGUGUUAUGUUAGAAGAGUCAAAAGAACUGAGAUGUAACAAGAACAGCUACACAUAGGGGAAGGAUAGACAUAGUAUUUAGAAUUUUUCUAAAUACCUCUUCCUGUAAGCUAACCUCGGUCUACUCCAAUCCUGUCUAAACGUCAGUGGUUAUAGAAGGGAUACAAGCAGUCAGCUGUUUAAAAAGUGCCUCAUAGAGUACCAACACUGCAUGUCGCAGACAGAGGAUGUGGAAGAAUUAAAGAUGUGUAAUAGAGAGUGUAAAUAUCUGUGUAUUUUAAGUAAAUAUUGCUGGUUUAUAUAUUUGUAUGGCUUUGAGAAAAAUUA